UGAAACGUCAACCAUUUUUUAAAAUAUACAUAUAUAUAUAUUUAUAUAUAACUUGGACUUACACACUGUAUGCCCACAUUAAUUUUAAUAGAAAGUAGUCGCACCUAUGUUCACUAUGCCUAAGGUACGCCCGUUCCUUUGAAACAAACAAACAAAAAACCAAAGCCAGUAAUGAUGAGCUGAAACAGUAUGGACUGAUUUACUACUUAGCUAAAAACAUGUCCAUCCUAUACACCAGUUAGCCGCUAGUUUGGACCUCGCGGUGAUGAGCACAGGAGAAACACAGCCUGAUAUUCACGUCUGAAGGUUUGGAAAUGGAGGUUGGAGAAAUGUUAGAAUUGGCAAUAAUCAAGGUUGAGGAUCCAGGAUGUAUUUGGGGGCGAACUGUGAAAGGACCUGGUGUGCAUGCCAAGAGUCCUCAAGACUACGAGAACCUGCAGGUUAAAAUGAAUCUCUUCUAUAACAAGGUCAACUUGGAUCUGCAGAAAUUAAAGCCAUCAUCAUUGGAGAAGGGACAGAUGUGUGUAGUGUUUUGGCCAGAGCUAAGGAGCUGGUGUAGGGCCAAAGUGGAGUCUCUGAUCCUGGGAUCAGCAUGGAGUCAGGCCGCGUGCUUCUUAGUAGACCAUGGCGAGCGUGUCGUCGUCAGCACAGAUGGUGUGAUGGCUCUGCUUGAUAAGUUCCUGCAACUGCCCUUCCGGGUGCUAAGGUUCAAAUUGGCACGGAUUUACCCGAUGAAACUCAAGGUGCACCUCUGCAACGAGUCAGCGGAGCUUGUUCCAUCCCCUCACUGGGACAGCUCUGCUACAAAAUACCUACACAAUCUUGUACAAGCAUCUACAUUGGUUGAGGCUGUUCUUUGUGAAACACAUGAUGAUUGCACAGUUAUUGAUCUGUACUUGACCAUCAGAAAUGUGAAGAUCUGUGUAAAUGAUGAUUUGGUGGUGAAAAAGUUUGCAUGUUGCAAAAGUGAGAAGUCUCUGGGGUAUCAGAGCGGGUGUGUCGAUCGCUCCCCUGUCUGCCUGGCCUGGGACAUUUACAGCAGUCCUCAACAUAUUCUCAAAAUGAAUGGAUGCUGUACAGUGAGGUCUGCUCCUUCACACUUCCUAACCAGGAAGAGUGAGAAAGAUGAUUUCAUGCCACACCACGUGAAAUCUGUCAUGACUACAGUGAAAUCGGCUUUUCCCAGUGGAGCAGUAUCUGCUGAGUCUGAUGGACAAGAGAAAUGUGGAGUACAUGACAAAGAUGCAGUCCCCAUGAGCACUGAGGAAGGGAAAUUAAAGCCUGGGGACUUUGAAGAAUCGUAUAGAGAGAACACAGAGCAUGCCCUUGCAGAGCAGUUGUCUGAAAAACUAAACCUGUUUAGAUUCAUGAAGUUUUUGAACCCCUUCCCAAAUUCGAACUUGAGUACCAAACAUGAUAUUAAUGAAGACGAUCAAAAGACUUCAAGAAUUUCUGAUGAAACAGCAGAGGUGCAGAAUGACCUCGGUAGUACAAGUGUCAUCUCUACAGUGCAGAAGGAACCAGCUCUCACUCAAGAGACAAUAAGUACCAAAGACAAAUUUGCCUGUUCCAGAUUGCUACAGUUGCUGAACCCAGAUCCAAUAAAUCCACACUCGGAAUCUCUUGAUGAUAACGUUACAUGCUGUAAACCCAGCAAGAGUGCAGUUUUGGUGCACUCAGCUACCGCUAUCAACCCCUGUAGCUGUCUAGCCCAGGCUCCCAUCACCGAGCAGUUUCGAAGAUUCCUGUUGAGGAGAAAGUAUACAGGACCAGGCCUGGCCGAGAGUUACUGCUGGCCCUCUGUGGCACGAGGUUGUGACACAGUGCUGAUAUGCCACAGGGGAGAAGAUCCUCUCUCCUACAUCCCACCUCUGCUGGCUCAGCUGCAGUUAGCCUCUUUGUUCAGUGCCCUCACUGCACAAACUGGGCCCAUAGCAGUGAUUGUUUGUCCAGGUUGGGAAAAGGUAGAGUCAGUGCUGGAGCUAUUAGAGGAGAGCCAGGCAGCAGUGAAUCUUAAUCCUGCUGCUGUGCUGAUCGGAGUAGGCAAGAAUGAGGCCAAACAAACCAAAAUUCAGAACAACUGUCAGUUGCUGGUUACUACCCCCUUUGGCCUGGCCAGGUUGCUGGAGGUGCAGUUCUUCUACUUUCAAAGGCUCUGCCACCUGAUUCUGGAUGAUGCUCAUGAGCUCUUUUCAAGAGCCCCUGAACAGAUGACUGCCAUCUUGCAACAUUACCAGAAAGUGGUGUCCAGAGAGGAUAGACCCAUGUGUGUGCGGCAACUUGUUGCUGUAGGCAGUCGUUGGUGUCGGGAGCUGGAGCCUGUGGUCCGGAAUCAUAUGAUUAACCCCUGCAUCAUUUUCACAGUGCCGGAAGAGGCGGCGUUAUACGGUGGGGUUCAACAGACAAUACUGAUGUCUCUGGACUGCAAUAAGAUCUCAGUGAUACUCAGCUUUUUGGACUUCAGCCCCUCUGUCGCCCAGAAAACCCUUCUCAUCACUAACACUGCAGAGGAAGUGGAGCAUGUGUACAAGGCUCUCAGCAACACAGAAGCAUUCUCUCUCAAAGUUCACGAGGGCCUUACCUACCAAUUUGAUGUUGUGAUUGAGCAGUGGAGGAAAGACGUUGGUCCAGGCACACAGGUUAUCUUGGUGACUACCAAUGAUUGCUUAAAGGCCCUUGGUAUCAGGGAUGCCACAUGUGUGGUACAUUAUGGUUUCCCUAGCUCCCCUAAACUGUUUGGGACCCGGAUGUUCUGCAUGGUUGAAAACUUUCGGAAUCUCUCCUGUAAGAAUCACUUCGAGGGCUCCUCUCCUGCGGUGCGUUCUUUGUUGCUGCUGUCUGAGCAGAAUUCUCGUCACGUGUCUGGUGUGCUGCGCUACCUGAAGCGUACAGACAUGCCACUGCCACCAGAGCUCCUACAGUUUGCCCUGGGAUUCCAGCAGGCUAAGGAACAGCAGAAAGCUGACCGUGCACUCUGCAGCUAUCUGAAGAGCAUGGGCUUCUGCAGGGACAGGACAAGUUGCCCAGACAGACACACAAUCAACAAAAUUCUUGAUUGUCCCCAACAUGCAGACUCUGGGACUAUUUUGGUGUUGCCCCUUUACAUUAAGACCGCGAGCGUGUACUAUGGACGUAUUCUGGACCAGAAAGAGAACGGUUAUGAGAAACUUGCUGCUGAGAUGAAGUCGCAUUAUGCUAAAGAGAGGCUUUGUGCAACGCAUGUGGUGGAGGGUGGCUUUUAUGCACUACAGGAAGAUGAUGUAUAUCAUAGGGUGUGUCUGACCAAGGUGCCAGAAAAGGGAGGCCAGCUGUUUAGCAGUGUCACAGCUCGAUUUGUUGAUGAAGGACGUAUACAGGAAGUGAAGUCACAUCAGCUACUGCAGCUUCCCCCGGAGUUCCAGAGCUUGCCGGAUCAGGCUGUUGAAAUCAUUCUGUGCAUGGCCCGACCCAUUGAUGGAGAGAUGGACUGGAACCCAAAGGUUACCAGAGCUAUCAGUCAGAAAAUCAAAGGAAAAAUACAUCAAGCCAACGUGGUGAUGUGCCUGGGCAAUACUGUAUGGGUUGAUCUGAUGGUACGUAUGACACGCAUGCCAGGUCUGCAGUUUUUCAUAAAUGAGUAUAAUGUCCAUGCAGAGAUUCUGGCCACUGGGAUGGGCACCGCAAACCCUCAGCAUCUGGAGCUACUGAAGUUGCUCUGCCAGGGAGAGGAGGCCUCUGCUGUUGUGGCGCUCCGUGAGAGUAAUGGAUGUGAGAGUGAGGUGGCGUCUCUGGAACAGAGGGGUCAGGCUGCUGAGGAAGCUCUGGCCAGUCAGGUGAAGGCUGGAAUCAACAUGCCUGAGUGUACAGACAGUGAACCCUGUGAACCCUUACAGAACCUUCCAAAUACAAACCAGAGCACCGAACCUAAUAAAGGACGAAGUAAGGUCUCUUUGGAAGCCUGGCUAGAUGCUGAACACAUGUUUACAUCUGCUGAUCUAAGAUUUUUACCUCAGGAUGGGACUCCUGCUCUUUCUAACAGCUCAGACGAAGGCAAGUCGGUUUAAAAGUGAAUACUUGAUGUCGUAUUA